CGUCCUCCUUUCUUGGCGCUUGCUGUGCCGGCCGCGCGCUCCCCUGCGCCCCCUGUAGCCAUGCCUCGCAAAAUCGAGGAAAACAAGGACUUUCUGCUUACGGCCAGGCGAAAGGACGCCAAAUCCGUCAAGAUCAAGAAAAAUAAGGAUAAUGUGAAGUUUAAAGUGCGGUGCAGCAGAUACCUUUACACCUUGGUCAUCACGGACAAGGAGAAGGCAGAGAAACUGAAGCAGUCCCUGCCCCCAGGUUUGGCAGUGAAGGAGCUGAAGUGAACCUGGCCCACUGAUUUGAACUGUAUUAAAGUUUUAAAAAU